CACGUUAAGUGUAUGAAUUAAUUAGUCCAUUGGACUAAUGUCACUAUCGUUGGUUUAUAUUAUGUAAAUAGUGUGAAUCUAUAGAAGUAGUUUACUCAUGGCGGAAUAUAUAGUUGCUUUUGUUUUAGAUAAGAUUGCAGGUUUCCUGAUUGAGGAAGCUGGAUCUUUUGCAAGAAUCGAUGUUCAAGUCGAAUGGAUCCAAGCAGAGCUGAGACGCAUGCAGUGUUUCCUUAGAGAUGCAGAACUGAAACAAGAUGGAGAUGAAAGAGUUAAAAAUUGGGUAUCUGAUAUCAGGGAUAUUGCAUAUGAUACAGAUGAUCUGGUAGACUUUUGCAUCCUCAAACUGUCACACCAGAGGUCAGGAUUCUUGUAUUUCUUGAAAAAGUUUACUUUUUAUAAUGAGGUGUUAUUUCGGAGGAAAGUCAACAAGCAUAUUGAUAAGAUCAAGAAAAGAAUAAUUUAUGUUAAGGAUAGUAGAUCAACUUAUGGAAUUGAAAAUUUGAAGAUAGGAAAUGAAAUGAUCAGUUUUUGUGGUAAUCGGCUUAAUGAGAAGAGGCGAUCAUUUCCUUACAAUAACGAAGAUGAUGUUGUUGGUCUGGAGGAAGAUAUUGAGGCACUGAUGUCUCGGUUGAUUCAUGGAGACUGUCGACGUUCUGUGAUUUCAAUUAUAGGUAUGGCAGGUUUAGGAAAAACUACUCUUGCUAAGAAACUGUAUCUUAACUGUGACAUCAAUAAACAUUUUGAUUGUUGUGCUUGGGUUUAUGUAUCUCAAGAUUAUAGAGCAAGGGACAUUUUACUUGAACUAGGUAAAAAGGUAAUGGGGUUUACCAAAGAAAGUGUGGAAAAGAUGAAUGGCGAGGAUUUACUGGAUUCGUUGUGUGUAUUCUUGAGUGACAAGAGGUAUUUGAUUGUUCUUGAUGACAUCUGGAAGCAUGAGCAUUGGGAUGAUCUGAGACCAGCCUUUCCUGAGAUGAGCAAUGGAAGCAGAAUCAUCCUAACUACUCGCUUUAAAGAUGUUGCUUUGUAUGCUAAUGUGAGAGACCCUCCUCAUGAACUAUGCUUUCUAAACAAUGAUCGUAGCUGGGAAUUGUUUUUGAGGAAACUAUGUGUAGAAUGGGAUUCUAGCUCGAGAUUACCUCCAUGGUCUGAAGAUCUGGGUAAACAGAUUGUAAAAAGAUGUGGAGGUCUGCCUCUUGCUAUUGUUGUAUUAGCUGGACUUCUAUCAAGAAAGGGGCUGGUUUUUAGCGAGUGGCAAAAAGUUUUGCAGAGUGUGCAUUGGCAGUUAAAACAAGAGCCAACACAAUGUGAAGAAAUACUAGCAUUGAGCUACUCUGAUUUGCCUUACUAUUUGAAACCAUGUUUUCUUUAUCUUGGUCUUUUUCCAGAGGACUUUGAAAUUUCGGCUAGAAGGUUAACAUUGUUAUGGGUUGCUGAGGGAUUAGUGCAGCCACGGGGUGAAGAACACCUUGAAGAUGUUGCAGAAGAUUACUUGGAAGAGCUUAUCGGAAGAAGCAUGGUUCAAGUUGCAAAGAGAAAAUCUAGUGGAAGAACUAAAGCGUGUAGGGUACAUGAUCUUCUUAGAGACCUAUGCCUAGCUCGAGGCCAGGAAGAAGCAUUAUUUAACGUCAUCUGUGCAGGUGACAGAGUUGGUUCAAUUUCAGGAGCUCGUCGUCUUGCAAUUCAUUCUGGUGUUCCUAUAUUUACCAGAAAUUCCCAAAAGAUCCGCUCAUUGUUGUGCUUUGACCUUAUUGAAUGUGUGCCUCUAAAUCUUACAAAAUUUAAACUACUGCGGGUUCUUGACUUGGAGGGGGUGCAAAUAGCACAGCUUGAUUCUGCUGUUGGAGACCUCAUACAUCUGAGAUACUUGGGUCUACAAGAAACUUGGCUAAAGAAUCUUCCAUCUUCGGUUGGCCGUCUGUCGAAUCUACAAACUCUAGACUUGAGAUCCACAUUAAUAGAACCCAUUCCUUUAGCUAUAUGGAAGCUUCAGCAGUUGCGUCACCUAUAUUUCAGCAAGUUCAAGGCCAUGGUUGUCUGCCCACCAUACAGGUUAACUCUUCCGAAUUUGCAUACAUUAAAAGGAAUAUGCCUAAGUGAAUCUGGCUGUAUACAAAAUGGUCUGGACAAUAUAGUCAACCUGCGUGAGUUAGGGCUAUAUGGAGAUCUGCACUUGCAAGAAGAGGAAGUAUCCAGGUGGAUUCAUAUAAACAAGAAUCUUGAAGAGUUGAAGAUUCAAUCCAGUAAUAACUUGUCUUACAUCAGCAAUGCUGCCAUUCCCAAAUUGAUGUCUUUCUCUAGUCAUGUUCGUCUCUACAAACUGCAUUUGGAAGGAAUUAUUAGCAAGAUGCUGGACAUUAAAGAUUUCCCUCCAAACCUAACAGAGUUAUCCUUGAAGGAUUCAUUCCUGGCAGAAGAUCCAAUGCCAAUACUGGAGAAGCUCCAGAGCUUGAGAGUACUAAAAAUGAAGCAAACUUCAUUCCUGGGUAAAGAACUAGUUUGCUCAAGUGGAGGAUUUCCACAACUUCAGUAUCUCAAAUUUGGUUUCCUGACAUUCACGACAUGGACGAUAGAGGAAGGAGCAUUGAGCAAUCUUAGACAACUAGAGAUUGUUGAGUGCAAGCGAUUGAAGAUUUCUCCGAAAGGGUUGAGGCCAGUGACUACUCUUCGUGAACUGAAAUUGGGAUUUAUGCCAGUUGACAUGAAAUCUAAAGUUCAGGAUCGCCAAGGGGAGAACUGGUAUAAAAUUCAGCAAGUACUCCCGAUUUAAAUCACAGCGUUAUCAAUCUGGUAGACAGUACACUCAAUUUCCCAACAGACUCACUUGGUAAAAGAUCUAGCCUACCUCAUUUAUUGAUACAGCAGCUCAGAGCUCUCAAAUGCCAUUACUGAACUAGGCUC